GGAAAGAACGGUUGAGCUGAAGAACCAUCUACAACAAAAGUCAAAACAUCUUUCUUUAAGCAAUGGCAUAUUAUAUUGAGUUUUACUACCCGAAAACAUGUCUGCUCCCAUCAUCGUCGCUGUCAUUCCUAUCAUCUUUUGCUCAAGUCUUAACUGCUCCCGUCAUGGCGACCUGGUCAAGAAAUUUUCUACCUUUCUCUAUCUACUCUUCGGCAUUGUUUUUUAUCACGGCCAAUUAUCAGCACAACUCGAAUUCUCUACUUCCUCUCUCCCAGCCAGCCUCAUCUUAUUCCUCUAGGUUUUCUACUAUCCACCAUCUACAUCAAGGGUAAGUAUUGCAACAUAAUCAUGCCCUGGUCAAGGGUUUGGUUGCUUGGAUCGUAUUUUGGUGCUUUGUUAUGUUUAUCUUCUGUACUGAUUACUCAAGUUCAUGGCCAAGAUGUCAUGGAUCCUCAAGAAGUUAAGGCAUUGCAAGCUAUUAGAAAAAGCUUGAUUGAUCCAAAUCAAAACCUAAGUAACUGGAGGGGCAAUGAACCAUGCGCAUCAAAUUGGACUGGAGUUAUUUGUUACAACACGACGAAGGAUGAUGGCUAUCUACACACCAAAGAACUGCAACUGCUAAAUAUGAAUCUAUCUGGCACAUUAUCUCCAGAGCUUGGUCGUCUAUCUUUUAUGCAAAUUUUAGAUGUUAUGUGGAAUAAUAUAACUGGUAGUAUACCAAGAGAGAUUGGCAAUAUUACAUCUUUAGAGCUCUUACUACUGAAUGGAAAUCAACUCUCUGGCUCCUUGCCUGAUGAAAUUGGAUUCCUUCCAAACUUAGACAGGAUUCAAAUAGACCAGAAUAAGAUUUCUGGACCUUUACCUAGUUCAUUUGCAAAUUUGAAUAUGACAAAACACUUCCAUAUGAACAACAAUUCACUUAGUGGACAAAUUCCACCUGAACUAUCUAGGCUGCCUAAACUUGUUCACAUGUUGCUUGAUAACAAUAACUUAUCAGGGUAUCUUCCACCAGAGCUUGCAGCCCUUCCACAGCUUCUAAUUCUGCAAUUGGACAACAAUAACUUCAAUGGGACUACUAUACCACCGUCUUAUGCAAAUAUGUCCAGGCUAUUGAAGUUGAGUCUCAGAAAUUGCAGCUUGCAAGGACCAAUUCCAGAUCUUAGUAAUAUAUCAAGACUUGCUUACAUUGACCUUAGCAGAAACCAGUUUAAUGGGUCCAUACCUCAAAACCUCUCAGAGAAUAUGACGACUAUUGAUUUGUCAGAAAAUAAUUUCAAUGGGAGUAUUCCAGCCAGCUAUUCUGCUCUUCCUCGUCUUGAAAGAUUGCUUCUCAAAAACAAUUCACUGAGUGGUUUUGUUGGAUCUGCAAUCUGGCGAAAGAGAAAUGGGAUUGACAGACUUGUUGUGGAUUUGCAGAAUAAUGAGCUGAGCGGUAUUUCUGGCAGUCUGGAUCUACCUCCCAAUGUCACUGUCAGGCUUGAUGGAAAUCCUUUUUGUUCAAAUGCCAGUCUGGUCCAGUUCUGUCAAACUCAGGAUAAUGAUCUCUUUAAUAAUAAUAUCCCAACAACUACUGUUAAUGGUUGCCCCACUUUUGGAUGCCCGCUUUUCUAUGAAUAUGCCCCAGCAGCUCUUACUAACACAUGCUUUUGUGCUGCACCUUUGCUUGUUGAAUAUCGGUUAAAAAGUCCUGGAUUCUCUGAUUUUACUAUACAUGUUCGUACGUUUGAGCAGUACCUUACUGAAGGUCUCGUUCUGAAGAAUCAUCAACUUAAUAUUUCUUCAGUGUCCUGGCAAAAAGGCCCUCGACUGAAAAUGGAUUUUAAGAUCUUUCCUGUCAACAAUGAUAACCGUACGCAUGAAUUCAAUACGAGUGAGGUUCGACGAAUUCGGAGCAUGUUCACUGGGUGGAAUAUUCCUGAUAGCGAUCUUUUUGGACCUUAUGAACUUAUCGAAUUCCCAUUGUUGGGUCCUUAUGCAAAUGUGAUUCAGCUGCCUUCAAAAUCUGGAAUUAGUAAGGGUGCAUGGGCUGGUAUCAUACUUGGAACAAUCGCAGGAGCAGUUACAUUAUCUGCACUCGUGUCAAUUCUUAUAUUGAGAAUAUACAUGAAGAAACAGCAAACAACAUCAAAAAGGCGUCAAUUGUCUAAGAUGAACAUUAAGAUUGAUGGAGUAAAAGAUUUUACUUUUCGUGAGUUGGAACUGGCCACAAAUAACUUUGAUAACUCCAGUCAAGUUGGACAAGGAGGGUACGGGAAAGUCUACAGGGGUAAUCUAUCUGAUGGGACUGUUGUUGCUAUAAAACGAGCACAGGAAGGGUCUCUGCAAGGUCAGAAGGAGUUUUUCACGGAAAUAGAACUACUUUCAAGAUUGCAUCACCGAAAUCUUGUGUCUUUGCUUGGCUAUUGUGAUGAAGAAGGUGAACAGAUGUUAGUUUAUGAGUUCAUGCCCAAUGGCACCCUAAGAGAUCAUUUAUCAGGCAAAUCAAAAGCUCCUCUGGGUUUUGCAAUGAGGUUGCGCUUGGCACUUAAUUCUGCUAAGGGCAUCCUAUACCUCCAUACUGAAGCCAAUCCUCCAAUAUUUCAUCGAGAUAUCAAGUCGAGCAAUAUAUUGUUGGAUUCCAGAUUUACUGCUAAAGUUGCUGAUUUUGGACUUUCAAGGUUGGCACCAGUUCCGGAUGUUGAGGGAUUUUUACCUGAACAUGUAUCUACAGUUGUGAAGGGGACUCCGGGGUACCUAGACCCUGAAUACUUCCUCACUCACAAGUUGACAGACAAAAGUGAUGUCUAUAGCCUUGGUGUUGUAUUUUUGGAGCUGCUGACAGGAAUGCAUCCAAUCUCACAUGGCAAAAAUAUUGUUCGUGAGGUGAACCUUGCACAUCGAUCUGGUAUGAUAUUCUCAAUAAUAGAUGAUAAAAUGGGAUCAUAUCCAUCUGAAUGUGUGGAGAAGUUCGUGAACUUGGCCCUCAAGUGUUGCCAAGAGGAGACCGAUUUGCGUCCUUCUAUGGCUGAUGUGGUUCGGGAAUUGGAUAUCAUUUGGGCCAUGACACCACAAGAUUCUGAUACAAGAAUAACUGAUCAUUCCUUAACACCUAAUUCUGGGAAGAACACAGCUACACCUCCAUCAUCAUCUUCGGGAAUGAGGCAUCUUGAUCUGUCUACUGAUAUAUCGGGAAGUGAUCUUCUUAGUGGAAUCCUUCCUAGCAUUGGACCCAGGUAACAACAAUCUUUACAAUCUUGAAACAACAAUAUCCAUGUAUUAUUAUUAUUUACCAUUUUAUUUAGUUUGUGUGACUUGGAUAAUUUAGCUGCUCAUUACUUUCGUUGGCUAUUAUUGUAGCUUAUUAAAAGAAGGGUUAUGUGGUUUUACCUCAAUACACUUAAAAUUAUAGAAAUAUCUGUUGUUGCCUA